GCCGUGUCUCGGCGGCGCCCACGUGCAGCUGCUGGGCUGGGGGCCUCCGGAGACGACAGGCUCCUAGAGCCGCGUUCUCUAUGCCGGGCCCUCGCCACCAGCACGUGUUGGGAACUGAGGCCCAGGGACGCCAAAUAGCUAGUGCGGGGUCGCUGAGCAGAGCGGGCGGGAGACAUCACCUCCCGGCCUGAGGUUCGCACUCAGGCCCGCCCGCCGCCAGCUGUCGCCGACAUGGAAUCCGUGGCCAGCAACAUCCAGGUCCUGCUGCAGGCGGCCGAGUUCCUGGAACGCCGCGAGAGAGAGGCUGAGCACGGAUACGCGUCCCUGUUCCCGCACCGAAGUCCAGGCCCCGUCCACAGAAAGAGGAAGGGAUCCCCCCAAGCUCUUGGCGCGUUGGACAGUGGGCGGUCUGUGCACAACGAGCUGGAGAAGCGCAGGAGGGCCCAGCUGAAGCAGUGCCUGGAGCAGCUGAAGCAGUGCCUGGAGAUGCCCCUGGGGGCUGACUGUGCCCGAUACACCACACUGAGCCUUCUGCGCCGGGCCAGGAUGCACAUCCAGAAGCUGGAGGAGCAGGAGCAGCGGGCCCAGAGGCUCAAGGAGCAGCUGCGCAGCAAGCAGCAGAGCCUGCAGCAGCAGCUGGAGCAGCUCCGGGCGCCGGUGGGGGCUGGUGAACGGGAGCGGCUGCGGGCAGAUAGCCUGGACUCCUCAGGCCUCUCCUCUGAGCGUUCUGACUCAGACCAAGAGGAGCUGGAGGUGGACGUGGAGAGCGUGGUGUUCGGGGGUGAGGCCGAGCUGCUGCGGGGCUUCAGUGCGGGCCAGGAGCACAGCUACUCACACAGCGGCGCCUGGCUAUGACCCUUGCCACCCCAGAGCGUGCCUCUGCCCUCAGACCACCCUCUGCUCCAUUCAGCCGGGCAGGAGCCCUCCCCAAGCCUCAAGGGCUGCUCAGUCACCUCCUGUUGGAAUGGACUAAAAGGACCUUGGCGUGGGAGCCCGUGCUCCUCCUGCCCCUCCGCUGGCUGCUGCAGUGCCUCCGGGGGGAGAGGGCCUGGCCUCCCCUGAGCCCAGCACGACAGGCAGCUUAGGCCUGGGCCACCCUUCCAGGCCUUUUUUGUAGCACUUGGUUCUGUUGUCCCCACAGGGACAGGAAGCCUCUUGGGCCCAUCUCUACAUUUCUUCCUAGACAAGGCCCCCUGGCCUUUGCCCCAUAGAUACUGUACAGUGUUUUCAUUAAAAGGCUUUCAUCA